UUCACUGUUACAGUGAUUGAGUAGCAGCACAGUCUUAGUUUCUUUUCUCACCUCAACGAUUUCUCUUCAAUGGCGGACGACAAGAACGGGGCUGCUUCUAGAAUCGAGAAUCUGCCUAAAGUGAAUACACCGGAAGUUAAACGUUGUUGGGGUGAUGAAGUAGACGAUGAAGAAUCAGAAACUGCCCCAUCUGGGUACGGAGAGAAGGAGCUAAAUAUUGCUUCGCUAGCUAUUGAUGAGAACAAGAAUAUCAACAAGUUUCUGGAUGAUCCAGAAGAUUCAAACAUUAAAGCAAUUACAUCCGGUGAUACACCAUAUACGUCUGCUUCUACUUUCGAGGACUUGAAGCUGUCGCAUGAAUUGCUGCAAGCAUUAUAUGUCGACAUGAAUUUUGAGAGGCCUAGCAAGAUUCAGGCAAUUAGUUUGCCAAUGGUUUUGACUCCACCCUAUAAGAAUCUAAUUGCUCAAGCCCACAAUGGUUCUGGUAAGACCACUUGCUUUGUGCUUGGGAUGUUGAGUCGGGUCAAUCCAACUCUGAAAGCACCACAGGCUCUUUGCGUGUGUCCUACAAGAGAAUUGGCAAUACAGAACCUGGAAGUUCUUCGGAAGAUGGGGAAAUAUACAGGGAUAACUUCUGAAUGUGCUGUUCCCAUGGAUAGCACUAAUAAAAUCCCCAUUGCGAAACGGCCACCAAUCACUGCGCAAAUUGUGAUUGGUACGCCAGGUACAAUAAAGAAAUGGAUGUCGGCAAAGAAACUUAGCACAAGGGAUAUGAAAAUUCUUGUUUUUGACGAGGCUGAUCACAUGUUGGAUCAGGAUGGCUUUCAGGAUGAUUCUUUAAGGAUUAUGAAGGAUAUUGAGAGAAACAGUGCUCACUGCCAGGUGCUUCUUUUCUCUGCUACUUUCAAUGAGGAGGUAAAAAUUUUUGUAUCGAGAGUGGUUAAAGAUGGAAAUCAACUGUUUGUAAAGAAAGAAGAAUUGUCACUGGAGGCAGUGAAGCAGUAUAAGGUGCACUGUCCAGGCGAACGUGCCAAGGUACUAGUGAUCAAGGACAAAAUCUUUGAAUUGGGAGAGAAGUUGGGGCAGACCAUUAUAUUUGUCCGUACUAGAAAGAGUGCCGACAUGUUGCAUAAGUCACUGGUUGAAUUCGGUUGGCCAUGCACUAAUAUUCAAGGUGCUCUUCCGCAAGAAGUUAGGGACAAGAUAGUCAAGGAGUUUAAGGAUGGUUUAACUAAAGUCCUCAUAUCAACUGAUAUUCUUGCCCGAGGUUUCGAUCAAGCACAGGUUAAUUUGGUUGUCAAUUAUGAUCUUCCGGUGAAGCAUGGAACAUCUGAACCUGACUAUGAGGUGUACUUGCAUAGGAUUGGUAGGGCAGGUCGUUUUGGACGCAAAGGAGCUGUGUUCAACUUGCUGUGUGGUGACAUGGACAUGACGAUCAUGGAAAAAAUUGAGAAGCAUUUUGGGCAUAACAUAUCUGAGGUCCCUUCCUGGGAGAGUGAUGACGAUUUUGAAGCUGCUUUGAAAGCAGCUGGGUUGAUGUAGAUGAUGGUGUUUUCCUGUUGCAAUACCUUCAGGGCUGCCUCGAUGAAGAAUUUGUGUUGAUUAGAUGCCUGAAGACUGGUAUCUGCAAUG